AUGAGGCUUCUAGUAAGAACGCGUCACUGCUCAUCAACUGCUCGUCGCGACUUCACGUUCCACUACCAGUAUCCAAGAUGCCGCUCGAGGCUACUAUGAUCAUCAUCGACAACUCGGAAUACAUGCGCAAUGGAGACUAUAUCCCGUCCCGCUUCGAAGCUCAGUCCGACGCUGUCAAGACCAUCUUCCAGACCAAGAUUGACUCAAAUCCAGAGAACACCGUCGGCGUUAUGACCAUGGCUAACAAAGGGGCCGAAGUUCUUGUAACGCAUUCCAAGGACAUCGGACAGAUCAUCAAGGCCUUGCAUGUUACAUCAUCGAAAAUCGGGGGGUCAAUCGACAUCCCUACCGCCAUUAAUAUCGCUCAGCUUGCCCUCAAACAUCGAGAGAACAAAAAUCUACGUCAGAGGAUAAUAGUCUUUGUUGGAUCUCCGUUAGAAGGUCAGGGUGCGGACGAGCGGGAAAUGGUGAAACUCGCAAAGAGGCUGAAGAAGAACAACGUUGCUGUCGACUUCGUUGCGUUCGGCGACGGUGUUGAGGAGGAUACUAAUGUUCUCAAAGUUUUCGUAGACAAUACAACAAGCAGUGAUAACUCACAUUUGGUAUCUGUACCGCCUGGCUCACAUCUACUGUCCGACAUGAUAAUUUCUUCUCCGAUUCUGUCGGAAGACCGGGGGGUACCACCAGAGGCGAUGGGAGACGUUGGUGGUGCAUCGGGUUCUGGUGGUGCCAACUUUGAAUUCGGCGUUGAUCCGAGUUUGGACCCGGAGCUUGCAAUGGCUCUUCGUAUGUCCAUGGAAGAAGAACAAGCUCGGCAAGCCGCGGAAGAGCAGACACGUCAAGCGACUGUCGAGCCGCAGCUGGAACCAGCGGUUGACAAGGAUGACGAGGCCGUCAUACUCGCUCAAGGUCUUGCCAUGUCCGAACGCAAUGACAUAGAAAUGGGUGAAGACGAAGACGAAGAAGAGGCAAUUGCUCGGGCAAUCCAAAUGAGUAUGAAGCAGGAGGAGAAAGAGCAGUAGUACUACGCCUACAUAUUUCCACUUGUAGUUUUCAUUUAUACACUAUGUUUUCUC